AUGAAACCAAACAGAACAAAAAUAUUAGAGAAAAACACAAAACCGAAAACGAAUUUAAUUUUUCGGUAUACAGGAUAUAGCCUGAACUAUACAAAAGUUUGGAGACAUUCUAAUUUCUUUGUUUUUUGCUCAACUGUUUUCAAACAUUUUGCCAUCGCUUUGUCACUGACAAAGAUGCCUACAGUCAGACCAGCGCCAAUGAGUGACAUGGAUUUGUCUUAUUUAGGAUUCAAAAACCUUCGAUAUUACAAAAUUUAA